UUCCUGUUAAAACCUUCCUUUUUUGUGUGUGGGACUAACCUGAGACAAAAACUAGGAAGGGCCAACAAUACUCUCUCCUUCCAACCCAACCCUGCCUUCUACUGCCGGGUGGACUAACGACACAGUGGAGAGCUGACAUUGGUAAAGGCUGUAUAGCUCUGGAGAUCACAGGGCACAAGGUGCUCAUUGGAUAGGUUCAACUAGAAGAAGACUUUAUUAAUCCAUGCCAGAUGGAAAUUGGACUGUAGUAACAAUCAUCAUUCUUUACACAUCUAUUCCUUGCAGUGACGCUAACCUGGAUGAAUAAACAAAAUCAAUAAACAAAAACAACUAUAAUCAACAACAUGGACGUCAUCAUCGGAACGCCAACACAACCCAGAGAGGCGGGGUUUAACAACAGAGUGGGCGGGGUUUCGGUGGCGUUGUCGGCGACCAGUUGGUUUGCCUUCUUCUAUGGCUUUGCCCUACUGUCAAUCAUCCAAUUUCCCAUGGUGACGGGCGACUGUUGGCUGAUUGAGGGGGAGAAGGGCUUCGUGUGGUUGGCUAUCUGCAGCCAGAACCAGCCCCCAUAUGAAGCGAUUCCUGCCCACAUCAACAGCACCAUCGUGGACCUGAGGCUCAACGAGAAUAAAAUCAAGAGUAUCCAUUUCUCAUCGCUCAGCCGCUUUGGGAACCUGACGUACCUCAACCUCACCAAGAACGAGAUCUCGUACGUGGAGGAUGGAGCCUUCUCGGCCCAGUUCAACCUACAGGUGCUGCAGUUGGGGUUUAACCGUCUGAGGAACCUAACAGAAGGAAUCCUCAGAGGCCUGGGGAAGCUGCAGUACCUCUACCUACAGGCCAACCUGAUCGAGGCAGUCACCCCCAACACCUUUGAGGAGUGUCCUAACAUAGAGAACAUUGACCUCUCCAUGAACAGGAUCCAGGUGCUGGACGGAGGCUUGUUUACGGGGCUCAGUAGAUUAACGACGUGUGAACUCUACACUAAUCCUUUCAACUGCUCCUGUGAGCUGUUGGGGUUUCUACGCUGGUUGGCAGUCUUCCCCAACAGGACCAACGAGAGGAUGGUGUGUGAUACUCCGGCCGGGUUUUCAGGCUACAGCCUCCUCAGUCAGAACCCCAGGAUGCCUGCGACACGCAACGCUUUACACAUGCUCAGUAUGGUGUGUACCGACGACGGUAGCAACUCUUUUCCCAACAUCAUUGUUCAGUCAGAGUUUACGGCCCUCCCACCGUACUCUCCCUGCGGAUUGGACGACUGCCCUUCUGGAAUGUCUCCGGAGGACCCAAUCAGCAUCAGCCCCACCUACCCUGAUCUGAACAACAAGCCUAGCAUGAAGGUGAAACAGAUCUCCCACACCUCAGCAGUGAUCUCGGUCCAGAUCCCUCACCCCUUCAGUAAGAUGUACAUCCUGGUUCUCUACAACAACAGCUUCUUCACUGACAUAAAGAACCUGAAGAACCACAAGGAAGAGUUUGAACUGAACAACCUGAAAGCCCACACCGACUACACCUACUGCGUCGUGUCCAUAAGACACCAGCUUCGUUAUAACCACACCUGUCUGUCCAUCUCCACCGGGAGGAAGGCAGGUCUGGAGAGGACCUCCAACGACUCCUCUGCUACCCACUACAUCAUGACUAUACUGGGCAGUCUCUUCAGCAUGGUCCUCAUACUGGGUUUCGUGUUCCACUGCCUGAGGAAGAAGAGGCAGCGAGACGAGAAGAACAAGAAGAUUGGAAAGAUACAGAAGAGCCUGAUGGAGCUGAAAUACGGAGCUGACCUAGAGGGUGGUGGAGGAACAGGAGGAGGAGGGGGCUCCAUCUCUCUGCUAUCCCAGAAACAGAUGCUCUCGGCUGGGGAGAGUCUCACGCGGAUGCCCUACCUUCCCCAGGGUGGGACCUGUGAGAUGGACCAGUACAAGCUACAGGAGAUCAUUGACACUCCAAAGGCAGCGAAAGGGAACUAUAUCGAAGUGCGAGGAACUGCGGGAGACCUGCCGGACCGGAGGGAGAGAGAGAGGGAACGAGAGCGGGAGAGAGAGAGGGAACGAGAGAGGGAAAGAGAGAGGGAAUGUAGUCUCUCUCCACAAGACAACCCUCAGGGUUCAGUAGCAGAGAUCUCCACCAUCGCCUCAGAGGUGGACAAGGUGAACCAGAUCAUCAACAACUGUAUUGACGUCCUCAAGUCUGAGUCGACGUCGUUCCAGGGGGUCAAGUCAGGCUCUGUGUCGACCGCUGAACCCCAACUAGAGCUGAUCUCAGACCAGCCACAGAGACAGUCAGGGUUCCUGUCACCGCAGUAUAAAGGAGGUUACCACCACCCUCUCCAGAGACACCACAGUAUGGAGGCUCCAUCCAAACGACCUUCGACCUCGUCCAGUGGAUCCGUCCGCUCCCCGCGCCCCUCCCGCUCUGACGGGCCGCACCGGGGAACCUCUGACACCAAGUACAUGGAGAAGACGUCGCCGACCGGAACCAGCGGAGACACCGCCGUGACGCCCGCCGCUGCCAUCUUACGGGCAGAGGCCCAGAAGGUCCGACAGUACAAGGAGCAGCGCCACUCGUACCCGGGCCCCCAGCGCCCCCUCCCUGACUCUGAGGAGCUAGAGGAGCUGAGUAGCAGGAAACCCUCUUCCAUCCUGGAUCCCCUCACCCUGGGCAGGCACCCCAGAGAGCUAGCCUACGCCCAGCUGUCCCCACAGUACCACAACCUGAGCUACGAGUCCAGUCCUGAGUACUCCUGCACCCCGUCGCUCGGCAUCUGGGAGAGGUUCAAACUCCACCGGAAGAGACACAGAGACGAGGACUACGAGGAGGAAUACAUGGCGGCGGGACACGCACUGCGGAGGAGUUUACAGGUCGCCAAGGACGAGGAUCUGCACGACAUACUGGACUAUUGGAAAGGUGUCUCGGCACAGCAGAAGUCGUGAAGGGGCUGGUGUCGUGUGAUGUGACGAGGCCCUGUCGCUACUGAGUUGGGCAUGAAGGAGGACGGAGGUCGGAGGUCGUACGGAGACUAAGGGCUCUCUAUUCCACCUGGAAAGAUGAAGCGUUACAGAUUCCACUAGUCGUUUCUGAUUGACGUCUCUGCUAAAGUUGGAACAUCUACACACACAC